UGCUUGUGGAAAAACAGUGUGUCAGCUGCCGUCAGCUGAUCCGCACCGGUUCGUCCUUCCUGUUGCUCUGUAGCGGAGUCAGACUUUGGAACUAUUACUAACAUUUGCAGUUUUGGACCAUGAAGUUCUCAAAGGAGGCCGUGCAGACCGCUGCCAAAGAGUUCCUGCAGUUUGUGAACAAGGGGCCGUCUCCAUAUCACGUGGUAGAAGAGUGCAAGCGGCGUUUGUUGGCAGCGGGAUUCAUCGAGCUGAAGGAGUCGGAGCAGUGGGACAUCAAACCGGCCAGCAAGUAUUUCGUGACCAGGAACUUCUCCAGCCUCAUCGCCUUCGCUGUGGGCGGACGCUACCUGCCAGGAAAUGGCUUCUCUAUGAUCGGAGCCCACACAGACAGCCCCUGUCUCAGGGUGAAGACGAGAUCUAAGAAGACGAAGAAUGGCUGCCUGCAGGUCGGGGUGGAGUGUUACGGCGGCGGCAUCUGGAAUACCUGGUUUGACCGUGACCUGACUGUCGCCGGCCGCGUCAUGGUCAAGAGUGGACACAAGCUGGUCAGCCGGCUGGUCCACGUCUCCAAGCCUCUGCUCAGGAUCCCCCACCUGGCCAUCCACCUGCAGCGGGACAUGAACGACUCCUUUGGCCCCAACAAAGAGAACCACCUUGUGCCCAUCAUUGCCACUGCUGUCCAGGAGGAGCUGGAGACGGGUAGUGCUUCCUCCGGAGACGCUUCCACUGCUGUCACCACGGCAGAGAAGCAUCACCCGGUGCUGGUGAAGGUGCUGUGCUCGGAGCUGGGGGUCCAUCCCGACGCCCUCCUGGACUUUGAGCUCUGUCUGGCAGACACUCAGCCCGGGGCUUUGGGAGGUGUGUACGAGGAGUUCAUUUACUCUGCUCGUCUGGACAACCUUCACAGCUGCUACUGCGCCCUGCAGGGGCUGAUUCAGUCCUGCUCUGUUGACUCUCUGGCCCAAGAGCCCAACAUCCGCAUGAUCACUCUGUACGACAACGAGGAGGUGGGGUCAGAGAGCGCUCAGGGUGCUCAGUCCAACCUGACGGAGCUCAUCCUCACCCGCCUCGCCUCCUCCCCCUCCAACCUCACCGCUUUCCAGCAGGCGGCGCCGCUCUCUUUCAUGAUCAGCGCCGACAUGGCUCACGCCUCGCACCCCAACUACCCGGAGAAGCAUGAGGAGAACCACCGACCAGCUUUCCACAAGGGUCCAGUGAUCAAGUUUAACAGCAACCAGCGCUACGCCAGCACGGCCGUGACCGCCUCCGUCGUUCGAGAGAUCGCCAGCUGCGUGGAGGUGCCUCUGCAGGACGUGAUGGUGCGUAACGACAGCCCGUGUGGAACCACCAUCGGACCCAUCCUGGCCGCCCGCCUCGGCAUCCCCGUGGUGGACAUCGGAGGUCCGCAGCUCUCUAUGCACUCCAUCAGGGAGAUGUGCUGCACCUCCAGUGUCCUGCAGAGCAUCGUCCUCUUUGAGGGUUUCUUCCAGCAUUUCCCCAGAGUGAGGAGCCAACUGUUCGUCGAUUAAAGGGAUCAUAGGAAGGAUCAUAUUUGAAUGAGGAAAAAAAGUUUAUUAAAGCACCGAGAGGAGCCAGAUGUGCCGCUCUGCCAAGUGUCGGGACAGGUUUUUGGCAGAAAGAGACGGACCUCGAACGCACGUGAGCCACAUCGUGAUGCAGCCAGCGAGGAGGAUAAUGACAAAAACAACUGCGCUGCAAAUCAAUAUCACAGUCGUGUCAUCGUUUCUGUCUGGUUUGUGUCUGUGUUCAUUUACUUUCUAUCCCUCUGCCUCCUCACGUUC